CUGAGUAGUAUGAUCCCACAUUUAAUCCAAGAUGGUGACCGUGUGUUGGAACAUGUGCUGAAGUUACGACAAAUUUUGUCACCCUUUUAGAAGCUUUUCUGGCCAAAUUUCCAAGAUGCAACACGACGACGUGAUCUGGAGUGUCAUCAACAAAGGUUUCUGCUCCUUCAAGGUCAAGACUAAGAGUCAGAAGUUCUGCCGGAAUGAGUACAGUUUGACAGGGUUGUGCAACCGGGGCUCGUGUCCCCUGGCCAACAGUCAGUAUGCCACGGUUAGGGAAGAGAAAGGAGUAUGUUUCCUGUACAUGAAGACUAUAGAGCGGGCAGCCUUCCCUGGCAGACUGUGGGAGAAAGUCAAACUGUCCAGGAACUAUGAGAAGGCUCUGCAACAGAUCAGUGAAAACCUUAUCUACUGGCCUUACUUCAUCAGGCAAAAGUGUAAGCAGAGGUUCACGAAGAUCACCCAGUACCUGAUCCGUAUGAGGAAGCUGACCCUGAAGCGACAGAAGAAGCUGGUUCCUCUCAGUCGGAAGGUGGAGAAGAGAGAGCGAAGGAAGGAACAGAAGGCUCUGGUCGCUGCACAGGUGGAAAACGCUAUCGAAAAAGAGCUGUUGGAGAGACUCAAACAGGGCACCUAUGGUGACAUCUACAACAUAUCACAGACUGCCUUUGACAAGGCCCUGGAGGAAGAAGAGGUGUCUUCAGAAAGUGAAGCUGAAGAGGAAAAAGAAGGAGAACUUGAAGAAGAGAUGGAGGAGGAGAGUGAAGCUGAGGUGGAGUAUGUUGAGGACUUUGAGGAAAGUGACAUUUCAGACAUUGAAGAUGGAGACAAGUUUGCGGAAGAGUCCACCACAGAUGAGGAGGAUAAAGAGGAGGAUGGGAAGGGCAAGGGCAAGUGGAGACCUGGGAUGAGGAGGAAACGAGGGAAAGUGGAGAUAGAAUAUGAAGAAGAGAGAGAACCUGCAAAGAGACAGACUGUUAGACUGCAACAGUAAAGGGCAAGAUGACCUGGAAACUUGUUUGAAAAUUUGAAUGAACAACAAACUCACCUUCUAACAGUUUUUAUUGUGAAUGUGAGGAUGUCAUCAUCAUCAUUAGAAACAUAGUUAAGAUAAAGACCACAAUAGUCCUAAUAUUUUAAAGAAUCUUUAGUAUGUCUUGAGAAUCAUAAGUGGCUUAAGAUGAGUAUUGAUCUGGUUUCACUUAAAGAUGAAAUGUCAUUUCUGUUUCCUGUCUAUUUCUUAAGAAUCUUAAGUGUCUUAAGAACCUAACAUUGCUAUGAUGUAGUGUUGAUCUGGUUUUGCUUAAAGAUGAAAUGUCAUUUUUGUUUCCUGACUAUCUAUACUUGUAGCAAGUUUAAGUACAAAAAUUAUAAUAUCAUUCAUGGUAUUAGCAACAUGUAGAAGUCAUCAUAGACAUUUGAAAUAUUAACAUCCUAAAAUCUCAUUUUCUAAUGUGUAUAUUAGAUAUAUGAUCACCAAUUAGAACAUUGCCCUUUGCUAUGUCCUUACAUAUUUAUCUGUUUCUUUGUUUUUGGUUUGUACCUGUUUUCAGCAAUAAACUAUCAAUACAGAUAUCCCUCUGCCACUUGAGACAAUAUUAUAUGCAGUAGAUAUUUGGAAAUGAGAUGUGGAAGUUUUCUUGUACAUGUAUUUCCCAAUCUUAAUUUUUUCUUCUAAUGAUGGUAAGCAAUAAAAGGCUCUUGAACAUAGUAUCCUCCUAUGUACAUGCAAGUCAUCACACCAGAAGCAAUUUUCAAGGAGUGUUUUUCAUUAAAAUGUUUGG